GUUUCACACCCCUUGUUCUCCCUGCUGUACUAUGUUUAGUCCCCAAUUUUCAUGGGGUUUAGAUGUAAGCUACAUCGCCAUAAAUCCGGAGCACGAAGGGCGCGGCGCGGCAUCUAGGCUGGUGAAGUGGGGUUUUGAACAGGCCAAGAAGGACGGCACGUUGGUUGCACUUGAGAUCACUAACAAGGGAGGGAUAGCCAUUGUACGAGAGGUUGGGGUUUGAAGCGGAAAGAUCAAUCACAAUGGAGCUUCA